GAGAGUCCCAUCUUCAAGCGACAAAAAAAAGGAGAGAGAAAAACUCGAGAGUCCACCGUUCGUUGCCGCUUGCCGACAGCGUAGCGUCCACCUUCCGCCUCCACUCCGCUGCGUAAAAUCCGGCCGUCUCGAUGGCUCUCCGGCGCAUCGCCGGCGCGUCCACGUCGUCCUCCUUCUUCAAGUCCUUCACCACUGUUCUCCCACAGGCAGCAGAGCCCGCGCCCGCCUCCCCGUCCUACCUCGCCCACCACCUGCUCGACGAAUUCUCCCGCCCGCGCGCCUCCCGCGACGGGGAGCGCCUCCGCCGCCUCGCGGCCCACCUCACCGCUCCCGCCGUGGAAUCCGUCAUCGCGCGGCUCCCGUCCUGGCGCCACGCGCUCGACUUCUUCCGCUGGGCCGACGAGCAGCCGGGCUUCCGCCACUCCUGCUACUCGUUCAACGCCAUGGCCUCGCUCCUGCGGCGCCGCCAGCCCGCCCACCUCGACCGCCUUGCCGCCGACGCGCUCGCCGCGGGCUGCCCCAUGACGCCCGGCGCGCUGGGGUUCCUCCUCCGCUGCCUCGGCGACGCCGGGCUUCCUGACACCGCCGCUCGCGUCUUUGACAGCGCGAGGGCGCGCCUUAGCUGCACUCCCAACUCGUACACCUUCAACUGCCUUCUUGACGCGCUGGCUAAGGCCGGCCGCGCGGACGACGCGGAGGCAAGGCUCCAGGAGAUGCUGGUGAAAUGCGGGGAUGGAAGUGUCGACAAGUACACCCUCACCUCGCUCCUGCAGUGCUACUCCAAUGCAGGCCGUCCAGAUGACGCCAAUGACGUGUUCCAAAGGAUGAGCCAGCAUGGGUGGGUGGACGAGCAUGUGCUGACGAUGCUGGCGGUGGCGUUCAGCAAAUGGGGGAAGGUGGACGGGGCGGUUGAGCUCGUGGGGAGGAUGGAAGUGUUGGGGAUGAGGCCGAGUGAGAAGACACUUAGCGUGCUAGUCCAUGGGUUUGCAAAACAGCGCAGGAUCGACAAAGCCAUUGAGAUGUUUGACAAGAUGGCCACUUAUGGUUAUGUUGCUGAUUUGCCAAUGUACGGCGUGUUAAUUGAGGGUCUCUGCAGGCAGAAGAAAAUAGGAAAGGCGGUGAAAAUAUUUGAGGUAAUGAAGAGCAGCGAGGUUGUUCCUGAUGUCCGCUUACUCAAGAAUAUGAUUGAGGCUUUCAUUCAUGAAGGAGAUUUUGCCAUUGUUGGCCCGUUUAUCAAUGAAAAUGCUGGGAAGUUAAAACCUAGUGAUGUUACUGCACUGUACAAUGUGGUUCUACAAGGGCUUGUUAACCACGGGCAGGUAGAAGUAGCUUAUCAGUUGCUCACCUCAAGGGUACGUGGUGUUCAGGGGAUUAGUGAUGGUUUGACUGUUGGUGCACAUGUGUUCGAUACCAUGCAGGAUGUGAAGCCAAACUCUGAUUCCUUCAACAUUGUUGUGUGCGGCCUUUGUAAGGUUAAGAAGCUGGAUGAUGCCUUAGCUCUCGUAAAGGAUAUGGUUGGCUUUGGCAGCAAGGGAAAGCUAUUGAUGUUUAAUGAUUUGAUCUAUGAGUUGUGCAAUGCAGAUAGGUUAGAUGAAGGAUACAAAUUGUUUAACCAAAUGAAGGAUCUUGGUGUGAUUCCCACGGAGUUCACAUAUAAUUCAUUAUUUUAUGGCAUUUGCAGGAGAAAAGAUCCAAAUGGUGCUUCUGAUUUACUGAGGGAGAUGUGCACCAAUGGACAUAGACCAUGGAUAAAGAAUUGCACAGAAAUGGUGCAACAGCUUUGCUUUAGUGGCAGGAUAACAGAAGCUCUUGGCUUUCUAGAAGAAAUGCUCAAAAUGGGUUUUCUUCCUGAUAUCGUGACAUACUCCGCAGCCAUGAAUGGACUGUGUAAAACCGGUGAGGUGGACAAUGCGUUAGGACUCUUCCGUGACAUUUCUGCCAAAUCUUAUCUUCCUGAUGUGGUAGCACAUAAUAUCUUGAUAAAUGGGUUCCGUCUAUCAGGUAAAUUAAAUGAGGCGCAAGAAAUUAUGGAAGAGAUGUUGGAGAAGGGUCUGUUUCCGUCUGUUGUUACCUACAACCUUAUGAUCGAUGUUUGGUGCAAGUCUGGCAAUAUUGAAAAAGCGGUUGAUUGCUUAAAUAAAAUGGUUGAUGAAGAAAAGUCGCCAACAGUAGUUACAUAUACAAGCUUGAUAGAUGGACUCUGCGGUGCUGGAAGACCUGACGAAGCCAUUGUUUUGUGGCACAAAAUGAGUGAUAAAAGUUGUGCUCCAAAUAAGAUAGCUUAUACUGCUUUUGUAAAUGGAUUGUGCAAGUGUGGUCGAGUAGAGACUGCUCUGACCUACUAUGAGGAGAUGAUGACGAAAGGUUUUGUGUUAGAUACCUUUUCCUGCUUAUAUUUUAUAAAUGCUUUGAUAUCAAAUGGGAAUACAACUAAAGGAUGUGAACUUCUGAAAGAGGUUCUUCAAAGGGACAUGACACAGGGUGAUGAUUUGAAAAUGGUAGGAUUGAUAAAUAAAGCAGUUGAAGUGUUGUCUAAAGAUGGAAGAACUUCUCCAGAGAUAAGUAUACUUGUAGAGAAAGGUUUAAUUUCAAGGGCUCAAACUAUGGGCAAGAAAGAUGGAAACUGACAUUUGUUGCUGGCAUGAGUUUUGGAUGAUUUCCUCAAGUCCUUGUCUCUAACCAGGAAGCCCUUUCCUGCUGCUAGCAGAUUGUUCCUACUGUGUGCAACUACUUUCUCAAGGUCCUGUAUGUUAAUUGUUGGCAGCUUGGGGCUUAAGAUCAAUGGAACUAAAUUUGUGGAGUUCUCAAUAGGUGUUCCUCAUGGUUGCUUCUGAAUUGGAUGAACACCUUCUGGUUUAAAUAUCCUUUAUAGGCCCCAGUCGUAUCCAAGACUUCAAGUGUUGAUUCAAAUACCGUAUGUAAUUGUAGAACUAAAUGUGAUAUGGUGUAUGUGAAGGCUGCCGAAUUUGCUAAGAGAAAUAUGGAAGAAGAAGGCUUUAUGAUGGAAGUCUCUCACAUUGGGAGGGGAGGAGAUUAAAAAAUGCCGAGUCUAUGGUGUUGAAUGAUAUUCCUGAUAAGGUCCAAAUUCUAUGUGAUGUGUAUUGCAGCUGUUUGCUGGGGAAUAUGGAGUGUCGGCAAUAAGGUCACCCUUGAGAAGCAUAAGAUGCAAUCCCCUGUGGAAGUUGUGUUUACAAUCUGUGCACUUCUCUUAUACUGGGCAGGUUUGCUCAAAAGUGAGGAGCAAGGCGUCUUCAGGGCCCGAGUCGAGACACUGAUACUCUGAUAAAUGAGGCUACCACUCUUGCGUCUCUCAUGAGUUCGGCUUCUUCAGGGGGCGAAAACAUCUUGUAUUCCUGGAGCUUGCGUCCGGAGGGAUCUGGAGGCCGAGUGCUUGGAGUAAUGCGAAGCUGGGGUCUCCUGUAGUCGUUUAUUUAAGUGGCUGUAGAAUUGCACCUGUGUUUUGUGUCUUUUGGAUUGCUCCUGCAAUGUUGGCAGUAGAUGCAUGUCUGUUACUCCCUCCGUUCCAAAUUACUCGUCGUGGUUUUAGUUCAAAACCACGACGAGUAAUUUGGAACGGAGGGAGUAGAACUUAUGCUGGUUUGGUGGUAGCAGGUUUUUGCCCGGUGGUGGGUGGUUCGAUGGCGAACUAUCUACAGCGGGUUUCCUGCUAUCUGCCCAGACUGGUAAUGGCUUAGUAAUAAGCUUUCGAUAGAGAGAAUUCCUUAUUGAGAGAACUCUUGAUCUUUCAA